AUGAGGAGACCAACCCUUCAUGGUAAUGAGUUUGUCUCAGCAGAGUGCAUACUACGAGCAGCUCUAGAAGAUGGACCCAUAGGGUUCAUGCUGUUGGAGGAGCCACCAUCAUCACUCCCGGCCUUUGGUUUUGUACCUACAGGCGCAGACAAAGGAGUUGAGAUGGAGGUGGAGGUAGACAAGGUGGUGAUGGCUGCAGACAUACCAAAGCCAUACCAACACCUGCAAGAUGUGUUUGAUGAGGUGGAAGCAGACAAGCUGCCCCAUCAUACCAAGCAUGAUCUCCACCUCGAGUUGAUAGAAGGAGGAAAGCUACCUCAAGGGCCCCUGUACCUUAAGGGACCCAAGGAGAUGUCUGAGUUGAGGAGGUACUUGGAUGAGAACCUCAAGAAGGGGUUCAUAAGACCAUUGAAGAGCCCGGCACAAUCACCAGUGCUCUUCAUACCAAAGAAGGAUGGAGGUCUCAGACUCUGUGUGGACUACCGAGGUCUCAACAAGAUCACUGUCAAGAACAGGGCACCAUUGCCCCUCAUCGAGGAGCAGCUGUUCUUACUCAGGAAGGCAAGGAUCUAUACCAAGCUAGACCUUAGAGCAGCAUACAACCUCAUCCGGAUUGCUAAAGGAGAUGAAUGGAAGACAGCUUUUGGCACUCAGUUGGGACUCUAUGAGUACCUAGUGAUGCCCUUUGGCCUAGCCAAUGCUCCGGCUCACUUCCAGUCAUUCAUCAAUGACAUCUUCCGAGACAUCAUUGGAGUAUAUGUAGUGGUAUACUUAGAUGACUUCCUGAUCUUCAGUGACACUGAAGAGGUACAUGUGAAGCAUGUCACUGAGGUCCUCACUCGCUUAAGGAGCAACAGGCUCUUUGCUAAGCUGUCGAAGUGUGAGUUCCACACCAAGACAGUCGAGUUCCUGGGGUACAUCAUCAAGCCAAUGGGCAUAGAGAUGGACCCAGAAAAGGUGCGCACUGUCAAGGAGUGGCCAAUGCCAGAGUCAAUCCAUGACAUCCAGAGGUUCCUGGGUUUUGCCAACUUCUAUCGAAGGUUCAUAGCCCACUUUGCUCGCAUAGCCAAGCCCUUGACAGCACUGGUAAAGCCUAUAGAACGGUUCAAAAAGUUCGAGCUACCAGAGGAGGCCCAACAGGCCUUCCACAAGCUCAUCCAGGCCUUCACGUCAGCAGGAGUGCUUCAGCACUUCGACUACCACCUUCCAACAAGGUUGGAGACUGAUGCAAGUGACUUUGCUAUAGCAGGAGUACUCAAGCAGGAGCAUGAAGGACGAUGGCAUCCAGUGGCCUUCUACUCUAGGAAGAUGUCUUCUGCCGAGAAGAACUAUGAGAUCCAUGAUAAGGAGCUCCUAGCUGUGGUCGCCUGCCUCACUCAGUGGCGACACAUGUUAGCUGGACUACCGAACCAACUGGUCAUCCUCACUGACCAUGAAGCCCUCAAGUACUUCAAGUCACAGAGACGCAUCACAGGUCGACAAGCUCGAUGGGCAAUACUACUAGCAGACUUCGACUUCAUAUUGCAGUAUCGACCAGGAGACAAAGGUGGUGAACCUGAUGCUCUCACCAGAAGGACAGACAUGCAACCAGCCGGUGAAGAGCAGGAUCACAAUGUGAGGCAACUACUGCCUCCUCGAGUGUUCAAGGAGACAGCAGACCAUGACUCGCUCCUAGUGGCCCCCAUGAUCUCGAUGGAGUCCAUAGCAUCAAAAGGUCUCAAAGACCUGGUCAAGAUCUUCCAGCCUUUAGACCAAGAGCUACAGGAGAUACAUAGGAAGAAGCCUUUCGAACUCAAGGAUGACCUAUGGUACAGUGGAGGAAGGUUGGUUAUCCCCAAGGUGAUCAUGCCAGGGAGGACCAACAACCGACACUCAAGGAGUGCCAAAGAGGUAGAUGGACAGUCUCUCUCUGUAGAGCAUCUGCGAUUCAUGGUGAUGACCCAAUGCCAUGAUGGUAUCACUGCUGGACACGUAGGAAGAGAUGCUACCAUCAAGGCAGCUCAACGACAUUACUGGUGGCCAAACAUGACAGCUUGGAUUGCAGACUAUGUAGCAAGUUGUCCUGUAUGUGCUAGGUACAAAGCUCCUCGUCAUCGUCCAUAUGGUUUGCUACAGCCACUAGCAACCCCAGACAGGCCCUGGGGCUCCAUAUCCCUCGACUUCAUUGAAGGACUACCACCAUCAAAGAAGUAUGACUCCAAGACCUAUGACUCUAUCCUAGUCAUCGUCGACAGGUUAACCAAGUUUGCCAUACUAGCUCCAACCCAUAAGACAGUCACAGCCAAACAGACUGCAGUAUUGCUAUAUGGACACAUGGUUAGACUCUUUGGAUAUCCAGAUCACAUGGUCUCGGACCGAGGCAGGCAGUUCAUAUCAGGAGCAUGGAAGGCAUUUGCAGAGCAAAUGGGUGUGAAGCACUCACUUAGCACGGCCUACCAUCCUCAAACUGAUGGUCAGACAGAGAGAGUCAAUCAGGUCAUAGAGCAAUAUCUCAGGAUGUACUGCAACUAUGAGCAGAAUGACUGGGCCAACCUGCUGGACACUGCGGCCUUUGUAUACAACAACACGGUCCACAACAGCAUUGGUGUCUCACCAUUCUUUGCAUGCUAUGGAUGGAACCCCAAAGCUCAUCCUGACAUCCCUCAACGACUAGGAGUCAAUGAUCCAGGUCGCUUCGAGUACCUCAUGGAUGGAAAGGAGCGUUGCAAGUACCUCCAGGAGCAGAUCAGAGAGGCACAACGUAGAUCAGUAGACCAGUAUAACAGGAAGCACAAGGACAUUGAGUUUAAGGUGGGUGAUAUGGUCUAUAUCAACCGCCGAAACUGGAAGACACGGAGACCCACACCCAAGUUGGAUACCCGGUUUGCAGGACCCUACCCAGUUCAGGAACGGGUAGGACGCCGAGCUUAUCGAAUCACAUUGCCAGCGAACCUUAGGGUGCAUGAUGUGUUCCAUGUCUCCAUGCUCGAGCCAGCAAGAACAAGUUCUCUUCCUCAACAUGCUGAACAGCCCACCAUACCAUCACUUCCAGAUGAGGACCUCGACUUCGAAGUCGAAGCACUCAUCAACAAGCGUUCACACAAUGGGACUACAGAGUACAAGGUGUUGUGGAGAGGGUACUCCGAGGAAGCUGCUUCAUGGGAACCAGUAGAGAACCUCAACUGUCCCGACCUCAUCCCGGAGUAUGAGGUGUCGGAGGGGGGACGAGUGAGUAGCCAAAGUAGAGAAAGGAGGAGAGAACAGGAGGAGUAG